GGAGCCAUCCCAGUUCGGAUUGUAUACAGACCAGACUCGGAUAGUGGGGACAGAGCUUCAUCUUUGAACUCGGAUGAGAAGCAUCUGUUUGAUGAGCUGCAGAAAGAGUUGCUGGAUCUGAAGCAGAGCAUGAGGUACCAUGAAAACGAUCUCUCUAGGAAGGUUGUAGACGCAGAGUCUGAAGCUGCCCACUGGAAAGAUGAGAUCAGACAGAAAGAGAAAGAGUUUGAGGCUGAGUUAGAGAUGCAUCGAUUGGCUGCUGAGCUGAUGAAAGAGAAACAAGAAGCCAGAAUCCAGGUGAUUGCUCAGGAUCUGGACCAGGCACAGUUUAUUGCUGAAUCCCUGCAGCGCAUGCUGGAAGACAGAGAGAGGGCUCUGAGGGAAGAACUCAACAAUGCUGAUAUGUCUAAUCAGAUGAUCA